AUGACUCGCUUCGCGAUGGCGCUUGGAGCACUGGCCUUCCUUUGGACCAUUCCAGCCGCCGCCACGGGCACCGGCUACCAGAAAUACAUCUCUCAAUAUGCUGGCGAUUACUUGCACCAGUUUGGCCAAGGCUCCGGAUACCAAGACUACAUCCAGACAUACACUGGAAUGAAGUCUGGUGCCCAGACUGAGGAGGACACCCAACCUAUAAGUCUCAUGGCUGACAUGAGCGAGGGCCACACAGACAAACAGGAAUCUCCAAGUGGUGCUGGCUACCAGAAGUACAUGGCCCAGUAUGCCAACGACUUCCAGAAGUACAUGCAGGGUCAGGGCAAGGGUGGUGCACAGGGUGGCGACUACCAGAAGUACAUGGCCCAGUUUGCGAAUGACUUUGAGAAGUACCUGCAAGGCCAGGGCAAAGGCGGUGACUACCAGAAGUACAUGUCGCAGCACAUGAAUGACUUUCAGAAGUACAUGCAGGGUCAGGGCAAGAGCACCCAGAGUGGGGAGGACAAGAUUGGUCAUGUUGUAGAGCAGAAGUUGAAGAAGGAUGAGGGCAAAGAUGCUGGCUCUUCUGAAGCUCAUCACGGCAAGAAGACUGCAAGCGUGAUCUUGGCGGAAGAGGCUUCGAGCCCUCCGGCGGCGCUCCUUGGUGCUCCCCUACUCCUGUUGGUGCUGGGAGGCAUGGCUGCGAUCUACAUCGAACGCCAGCGCGGACUGCUGCGCCACACUGAGCCCCAGCAGCCAGAGGGCUACCUGCAGCUAGAGUCCGUGAGCGAAAGCGCCUGA